CUUAAAUAUUUCUUCCAUCUCUGAAACUUAAUUAUGGCUUAUCAUUUGUCAAUAUUAUCGUCAUUGUCAGCUCAUAUUAUGCUUCUGCUACUUGCCAUUUCAUCAUCAUAUCCAUCCUCAUAUUCUAUACCUUUCAUCAUUCUCCAUGGUCUCGGAAUGCAAUGCAAUGAUGAAGGGAGCAUAUUUUAUCAGACGACACUUAGCAGGAUGUCCGGAACCGAAGGAUCAUGCGUGGAAAUUGGACUUGGUGCAUAUGAUUCCUGGACCAUGAACUUAGACCAGCAAGUUGAAAUUGCUUGUGCUAAGAUUAGAGACAUGCCACAACUUCAACAAGGUUACAACCUAGUUGGUCUUUCUCAGGGAAAUAUAGUAGGUCGAGGCGUGAUUGAGUUAUGUGAGAAUCUACCACCGGUGAAGAAUUUCAUAUCAAUAGGUGGCCCAAACGCAGGCGUUUCUUCGCUUCCCGCUUGCACGAAUGGGCCUUGGUGUGCUGGUAUUGAGGCUAUUUCUGGAAUGGGAGUCUAUUCUGACUAUGUUCAAGCCACGUUGGCUCCAAGUGGUUAUGUUAGGCUCGCAGAUGAUAUUUCCGGAUACUUGAACGGAUGCAAGUUUCUGCCAAGGAUAAACAAUGAGAUCCCGGAUGUGAACAAUACCCUUCACAAGCAAAGAUUCACGAGCCUUCAAAAUCUUAUCCUCAUAAUGUGCGAAAGUGAUGGCGUUGUCAAACCAUCAUUAAGUUCAUGGUUUGGCUACUAUCCCGACGGAGAUUUCUCGCAAGUUCUGCCUCCAGAGCAGACUAUUUUAUACAAAGAUGAUUUAUUCGGAUUGAGAACAUUGGAUGAAGCAGGAAAGGUGAAGUUCAUUAAGGUUCCUGGAACUCACUUGGCAAUAACCAUUCCAGAACUGCAACAAUUUGUUGUUCCAUACUUGCUUUAGUGAUGAUGAUUAAUUAAUAUUUCUAAGCUCAUAGAAAGAAUGGAAACUAAAUAGCUUCCCAUAUUUUUGUUCUACCUAAAAGGAAUCGCAUUGUACUGAUCGAUUAAUCAUUGUGCUUUAAUUUUACGAGUGAUGAGAUUUUUGGGGAACUAACU